GCAGAUAGCGGGUAUCACAGGUAGGUGAGUGCCCAAGAAUGCUCGAGGGUUACAUGGAAGGUGAUUAGCCCGAAGCGCAGGCACACGUUGGGAUGAAUGAAGUUGAUUGGGAAAUACCUGACACAGGGAUUGGUGGGAAACUGUCCGCCGGCCUGCCAAGCGCUUUGAUAUCCAUUACCUAAUGUUGCAUAAAAGAUUACGCCCAGCACAAUGGCAGCACAGUCGACAGCAAGACGGCAAACAAGAACAACAUCAACACCAUCUGCCAGCAUGGAUAACUCUGCUCCGAUAACCACCCCCGACUAUGCACACAAAAAGUUCUCCGCAUUGAAGCGCAAGCGCAGCCAGGACGAGGAGACAGACGAUGAUGUGGUUUUCAUUAUGGAGCUGCCCGCCAAGCGUCGUUUCUUUCGCCCCUGGCUGGACGAGCCCCGGGCGACCGUUACUUCAGCAACAGCAGUGGAACAACCACCGCGGCGACCAUCGCCCAAUACAGUGGCCACCACCUACCACGCCAACAUGGUGCGCUCCCACACGCCACGCCUGCGCAGCCCCAAGGCGCAGCAGCGGCGCGACCGCAACACCUUGGCCUGCCUGCUGAGCCGCCGGGCCCGACAAGCCAAGCAGCUGGCCAUGGAGCAGCAGUACGAGCAAUUCCGCCAGCAGCACGAGGCCAACUUGGAGCAGCAAGUACGCCUGAGUCUCUACUACGUCCGCUUCCUGCAGCAGACGAUGGCCGCGACUCGAGCUGCCCUGCCCCACAGCAACCAGCAGAGCCUGCAGCACGGACAGCCCACGCUCCAAGCCUGGCCCCAACAGCAGGCAGCGGCCACGAAGCGCUAG